AUGGCGUUGCUUCAAAAGAUGGUGGUGGGCCGUCGGAAGAUGGCGUUGCUGGAGUGUUGUUUGUUUCCAACGAUGCCAUCCGGUGUAUCGGGCUAUGCGGUGGUUCUGAUGGCUCACUCGUCGUCUUCUUCGUCAUAUGUGGUUAUCUUGAAAGAGAAAAAAGAAGAAAAAGGGUUGAGGAAAUGUAGCUUCUUUGAAUGGAAAGAUGAAGAACAGGCAGACGGGUACUACAAAAACCUACUAUAUUCUUUGAAGCAGAAACUGGAUGCCAAAGAGGAACUAUCUGAGAUGAACAAAAUGAGGAGAAGGAUUGUAGAAGUGGAGUUUCUACUGUCAUAG